GAAAAUAGCAACACAAUAUUUGAAACCACGGCAAAGGAAGGACUAUGCUAAUUCCCUUAUUUUUCUACAGUUGCUUCGUCGCAGUCUUCUGCGUCGGAAGCGAACUCCAUCGCCAUUCAAAUCAUUUACAUCCAGGCCCUUUGGAUCCCUGGUCCGAAGAGAACUAUGAAGCCCUGCGGGAAAAAAGAAGUACCGGAGAUGAACCUACUGGUCCUCUAGUGCCUCCGUCAUCCGAGGAACCCCAUGAACAAGGAGAACAGAUGGACGCAGACGGGCCAGUUGGCCCACCGAUGGAUUCCUUAUCUGGUGACGAAUCUUACGAGUCAUAUGGGCGGAAAUUAGAAGAUCCCGGAGCGUAUUCUUGGUAUAAAGCUGGAAGGUACAUUGGUGAAAAAGUCAGAUUUUAUUCGCAUUAUAUUCCUGUCUCUCCAGGACCAAAAGGCCCAACAGGCCCAACGGGACCUUCAGGGCCUACGGGACCCACGGGACCUGUUGGAGCAACAGGCCCAACUGGAACUACGGGUCCUACAGGACCUACAGGACCAACGGGACCUAGUGGAAAUGACGGCAUCCCUGGUUUACCGGGAACAGCCGGAGCAGCUGGAGCAGCUGGUCCCCCUGGUGGCAGCGGUUCAUCGGGUGCUCCUGGAGCGCCAGGCGCUCCUGGAGCUGCUGGAGCAUCCGGCGGUGGGGGAGGAUCUUCUUCGUCUUCAUCCGGUGGUGGUGGGGGUGGCGGCGGUGGUGGUCGUUCUUUGGAUGUCGAUCCUUUAACUGAUGGCCCAGUAGGUCCACCGAUGUAUCCUUCUGAAGAUGAAAGUCAACCACAAGGCACUGACUUAAUUAAUGAUUCCGGAGAUGAACAAGUAGAACAAGAACUAACGGAGACUCCACGCAAAACUUCUCGAAUGGACCCAUUUUAUAAAGCGGGCAGAUACAUAGGAAAAUUAGUCAGCGAUAAAAUGAGAUUUUACGGGUCCCAAAUCCCAAUCUCAGCACCACCUGGCCCAAUCGGUGAUAUGGGACCAGCGGGUUCUACUGGACCUACGGGCCCUACCGGACCUACAGGCCCUACUGGACCUCCAGGCCCUAGUGGCCCUACUGGUCCUCCUGGCCCUGCGGGAAAUGAUGGAACUCCCGGCCUUCCAGGUACUCCAGGUACGUCUGGAGCGGCAGGUGCAGCAGGUACUCCCGGAGGAGACGGUACAGCUGGUGUUCCAGGUACUCCCGGUGCAUCUGGAGCGGGUGGCGCUAGUGGCGGAGGCGGAUCCUCUUCAUCUUCCGGCGGCGGAGGCGCUGGUGGUGGUGGCGGUGGUAUUUUAUCUGAAAUGGGGAUGAGACACCUUACUGACACCCGGUUCAAAUCCUGGAAAAAGCCAAGCCGUUCAUGGCGUUUAUAUAUAGAUUGGCAUCGUCAUCCAUCUUACAACGAAUUGUUCGCCAAGUUACUAUCGCGAGCUAGCGAGUCCAAAGAAGAAGAUGACGAUGUAGACUACGAAGAAAUAGAUGAUGAUGUUUUCGAGGACGAGAAAAGCUGCCAGAGCACGGCCGUUUGUCUAAAAAGGGAUUCACUCGUGCUGUACAGACGACUGCUUAGCCUCAUAUCGUUAAGGAAAAUCUGGGACUUCCUGGUGCAAUACAUCUGGACCUCCUACAGAAAUCGAAGUGAAACAAAACCAACCACACCCACCAGGAAAGUGGUAGAGAUUCAAGAUGUUCCUCCACCUGAGAACGAGUGGAAUAUGCUGGACUCUGAUUCAGAAAACGAAGAUUUGUUCCAGGACUGCGAACAAGAUGAAUCAAAUGACAUCGAAAACGUCGAUUUUUGUUUUUCGCCUCCAGCUCCUAGUUUUGUGGAGGCCCUGAAUAGGCCGUUUUCUUCGCUGCUGUUACGACACGAUGUCAUUUUUACUCCGCAACCAGCAACGCCUCUAGUGUUCACGCCGGCAACGCUUCCGACUGGAUCUUCCAAUCAGUCGAACACGUCCAACCGAUCACGACUAGCCGAUUUGUGUUGGGAUAAUUACGAAUUGACCAGCGUCCCUGCAGAUGAUGGAAAUGUUAUCGCUUGUGAAAGGUGGUCCGUCCUUCCCCGGAGUCAGCGGAUGCCAACGGCAUCUUGUCUGAAAAUGCUCUGGAACUUGGAUUCGCCUUCCUACGACCAGUUGGCCGGCUCAUCCAUCACUGAAGAUGUUGAGGAUGAUGGUCAUGGAACUGGGCAUCAGUCCAGUGUUAAUUCUCUCCGGGCUAUUUCACGGAAUCGUGUUCCAGGCAACGAGGAACUGCAGAAUUGCCCAGAGGAAAACUUCUCUGAGGGGAUUGAGCUGUUUGGAGGCAAGUCUGUUGGAACAUCACAAAUAAAGGACUGUAAUGACAAUGUGCUGAAUUAAAAGCUCGUUAACUCGUUCCCAACCUCCUGCCCGUCAACAACCACCAAAUAUGUUCAGAAAACGAGAGAUAACAAUAUUUUAAUGCCCCCAAGUGAGUUUACUAUUUUAUGCUCAUCGUGAUAAUGUUCUUUCUCCUAACUAUCCAAUCGGUACGUAAUAAAAAAAGAAUUAUCUUUUCA